AAAACAGUGUGGAGGGAGCUUGGAGCAACUCAGCAGGAUGUGGCAUCUCACUGGCGCACAGUUUAGGUUAGCGGUCCUCCUUUUCAUUGCCUCUCAUGACCUCAGAUUUACAAAUGCGUACCCUGGCGGCUCAAAAGGAGAGCAGAACCCAAGCAAAUGGUACAAUGGUAGAUCUCAAGUAGAUGAGUGGGAUGAUUCUGAAACUGUCCAAGUGUCUGGUGCCGUUUCUCUGGGAAGCUCUACGUCACCAUACAGGCAACCCUCCACAUAUUCGAGGAGUGUGUCAGCCGUUGCGACACAGCCUCCGUUUUCUUCCCAGUCCGGUGGCCAUUCCCGUUCGUUCUCAGGGCCUCAACGAGACCUCAAUCAGGGCUCAGAAUCCUAUAAAUCUAUACAGCAAAACCAGGACACUUCUUACAACUGGAAACAACAAUCCACUUUCAAGCACGUGCGGCAGAACCAGAAAUCAUUCGUCGAUCACGGGAAGCCACAGUCCUCUGAAUCUCCACCGGCUAUGUCCAAACCUGUGCAGCAUGACUGGUGGCCACAGAAUACCGCCAAGCUCAAGCAGCAGCCAAACUUUGACAACUGGCAGGGAAAGGUGACUUCUAAAUCUGUGAAGCAGAACCAGCAGCCAUCCUUUGACCACUGGAAGCCACAGCCUACUGGAUCACAACAGGCUACUUCCAAAAACAUACAGCAGGGCCAGAAGCCAUCCUUCAAUAACUGGGGGCCACAGUCUUUAGGAUCUUCACAGGUUUCAUCUAGACCUGUGCAGCGUGACUGGUCGCGUCAGGUGAUCUCUAAACCUGCACAACCGAACCAGCAGUCUUCAUUUGACCACUGGAAGCCACAGGAUACUGCCAAACGCAUGCAACAGAAGCAUCAGCAGCAGCCAAACUCAAAUGUGGCCACGAACAACUGGAAGCAACAAGAUGUUUCUGGGCACCUGGGAGGUUCUUAUGGAGCAGCAUCUCCAGGACUGCACUGGCAAUCCCAUUCAAUCCAGGGAGCCAAUUUUCAAAGUACCCUCAGACCUGCACAAAGUUCUGAACCAUUCCAGGGGUACAAGGCCCAGCAAAACCAGCAGAUGUCAAAACCAGACCAAGAUGGCUACCCCUCAUACCAUCCAGCCAAGCCUGUCCAAAGAUGGCAGCAACCUUCCCAUCAGUUUCCCUCCAACCCUCCUCAGCAGCCUUCAAGAACGGCACCACUCUCCUUCCAGCCCGGCUAUCACUCAGGGUCUACAGACAAACCGGUUGGUGGCACAAGGAAGUCAUCAGCUGACCAAAAUGGACUGAAAUACCAACAAACCAAGCCUAACUCAGUGAAUGAGUACAAAUCUGUGCAUUCAAUGACAACUGGACGAGCAGGUAAACCCCAGUCUCAAGGCCAUUUCUCUCCAUCCAGAGGAGGUCUUCAGGGCUUCAACCAGGCACCAGGAUCUUCACAGGCUGCAAACAAACCGCAGAGCCGGAAGAAAUCUUCCAGCUGGAGGGAACUUACAUUUGGCUCAGCAACAGCUACGGUCAAGUUUGGGCAGAAGAAUGGCUUUGGCUCUGCAGGGCCUAUAAACAAACCUGAGCAGCAGAACCAACAGCUGUCUGCCAACUGGAUGCCACAGGUUUCAUACAAGUCUUUGCAGCACAACCGGCAGCCAUCCCUCAACAACUGGAGCCAUAUGCAGCAUUUGAAACUGCAGCAAAACCAGCAGUAGGGCACCACUCAUCUUGGAUAGACUAAAGUGGAUAUGGUCCCGAGUCUUUGAAUAUUCAAUAAAUCUUUUAUCUUA